AUGAAUAUUGAUGUCGAGCUUGCUAACUCAGCUUUCCAAUGUACAAAUAUUCAGAUUCGUUUGACGACGGAAUUAGAAAAAUUACGCCAUCAGAAAUUUCCUCAAGGUUUUCCAAAACCAAUUCAUGUAUUAGAAGCCGUUGAUGAUGAGAUAGACGGUAAAUUGGAACAACGAUUGCAACAGGCAGCUCGAGAUCACAAAAAAGAAUGCAUUCUACUCGUUCCUUAUUAUUUGGGAAAUUUUCAGUGGCUUGGAAUAUUAAUAGAAUUUAAUAAAAAUCAGCAGAUUCAACGAGCCGAAUUUAAUGAUCCAGUAACAGAUUCUAAAUUUGUUCGUGACAAAAUACAAAAACAGUUUCCGAAAUGUUAUCCUGGCGUUGUUUUAAUUUCGAAAAGUUUACAAAAACACGCAGAUCCUAAACAAAGUGCACAAUUGACCAUUCAAAAUUUAAUGAAAAGUGUCGAAGAAUCUCUACUUACAGAAGCACCAUAUAAAAACAUCGAGCAUUUACAGAGCAAAAUAUCGGUGGAUCAACAAAAUCCAACUGGCCUCCGUAAAGACCAUUCAUUCGAUUGGCAAAAAAAUGAAUCGACAAUUGAAACACCAUCAGAACCGCAAGUAUCUCUGAGCAGUGCUCAUAAUACGUUUCAUUGGGCAGGAUAUGAAUGGAUUUCGAGUACCCUACAAAAUAGUGCACCUGGACCAAACAACUAUGAUUCGAAUAAUGUAUGGGUCGAUGCAGAUAACAAACUACAUUUGAUAAUUCGUUACUCAAAUAUAACAGGUAGAUGGACGUGUGCUGAACUUGGUACCAAAGUCAAAUUUGGUUUUGGAACUUUUCGAUGGUAUUUAGAAGGAGCAAUUGAUAAAUUUGAUCCAAAUGUAGUAUUAGGCCUAUUUACUUAUGGAGGUGUCGAUUAUAUUAAUGAAAUUGAUAUUGAACUAACUAAAUGGGGUGCACCAUCAUCGAAGGCCCCUAAUCUCUGGUAUACAGUCUAUCCAUCAACAUUGGGUAUUGAUCCGGAAAGAUCUAACAAAGGUACGCCUAUUCAAGGACCAUACACUACCCAUCAGUUCACUUGGACUUCUUCCUAUGUUGCUUUACAAAGCCAAUAUGGUUUUAUAAAUUCAUCAACAGAAAAUAUUACUUAUUUAUAUGAAACGCCAGCUACAUUCGCAUCAGCAGUGCCAUAUACUAGUGCACCUCUGUGUAUGAACUUAUGGUUAAUGCUAGGUAGACCACCAAUGAAUGUUCAUUUUUAUAAACGAGCAGAAACCUUAGUAUCUGAUAUUUGGAGAUGUUUUAAUGGACAUGGUUUAGGACAUUUUGCUGCCAUGGAUGGUUUAACAAUGAUUGCUGAUUAUCAUGUUCCUCAAGUUUUAUCUCAUGAAGGAAUAUUAAUUUAUUCAUAA